CAGAUCCUGCCAAAACUCCUUCUGAACUGAAACGCGGUUGAGUCUAUUGUCCUUUAACAGCCACCGUAGAGUAAACUCCCAGUCCAACAUGGCGCUCCCCUUGCGGACCAAUUUGAAGCAUGUCAUCUGCUUCAUUCAGAGGUUUAGACCCCUGAAAAGGUGCUUCUGCGCUGCUGUCUGCCCGGAAAUCAAGGAGCCUCCAUUAAAUGCUCGCGUGUUCUCAGGGAUCCAGCCGACCGGGGUGCCCCAUCUAGGCAACUACUUAGGUGCUCUGGAAAACUGGGUGGCCCUGCAGAACCAGUACCCCUCGGUUCUCUACAGCAUCGUGGACCUGCACUCCAUCACUCAGCCUCAGAAUCCAGACAAGCUCAGGAACAACAUCCUGGACAUGGCAGCGAGUUUGCUGGCCUGUGGAAUCAACCCAGAGAAGGCGAUCCUGUUUCAGCAGUCUCAGGUGUCCGAGCACGCUGAGUUCUGCUGGAUCCUCGGCUGCCUGACCAGCAUGCCCCGACUACGCCACCUACCCCAGUGGAAGAUGAAGAGCAAGCAGAAGAACGAGGGCAGCGUUGGGCUCUACAUCUACCCCGUCCUGCAGGCCGCCGACAUCCUGCUCUACAAGUCCACACACGUCCCUGUGGGGGAGGACCAGGUCCAGCAUCUGGAGCUGGCUCAGGAUCUCGCCCGGAUCUUCAACCUGCAUUACGGGGAGCUGUUCCCCGAGCCGCAGGCGCUGCUGAGUUCGACGCGAAAGGUCAAGUCCCUCCGCGACCCCUCCUCCAAAAUGUCAAAGUCCGACUCGCAGCCGAUGGCCACCAUCUUCAUCACCGACUCCCCGGACGACAUCGCCCUGAAGAUCCGCCGCGCCGUCACGGACUCCACCUCCGAGGUCACCUUCGACCCGCAGGCGCGCCCCGGCGUGUCCAACCUGGUGACCAUCCACGCCGCCGUGGCCAGGCUCAGCGUGGAGGAGGCGGUGUCGUCAGCCAGGGGGCUGGACACUGGGGCGUACAAAGGGCUGGUGAGCGAGGCGGUGAUCCAGAGGCUGGCGCCCCUCAGGGAGGAGAUCCAGAGGCUGAGGGCGGACCCGGCGCACCUGGAGGCGCUGCUGGCCCUGGGGAGCCGCAGGGCCCGGCAGCUGGCCGCACCCAUGCUGGACGAGGUCCGACACAGAGUGGGCUUCAGCUGAAAGGCGGCAAAAGCCGUGGAAGAUGCAGUUAGUUCAGCCACUGGGGUUAAAGAUGCUGGACGUUUUCCCCAAAAAAAUAUGUUUUUGACAUAUUUGUUAAAACUGCCAGCAUGUCGUACCAUUAUGUUAUGAGAUAUAUAAUCUGUGAAAACAUCGAUCUCCUGAUUUCCCUUGGCUACUGCUGCCGUCUCAGGAAAUGCACCAAAAACAACCAAUCAGAGCCAGGAGGCGGGUUUUAACGCUGUCAAUCAGCGUUAGAGCCUGCUGACCAUUAUAGGAAAACUGUUAACUACUGCUAACGAGCUUAGCAUUCACAAGCUAGUUAGGCUGUGCUCUCAGGAAGAAGCAGAGAAGAAGAGAGGAAGGAUGAACACCACCACACGGAGGGUGAUUGACAGCGCUAAGAUCCGCCUCCUGUCUCUGGUUGCUUCUUGUUGGCACUGGAACAAGGCAGAGGCUCUUGUUUUGUUUUGUUUUGGUUUUUUGUUUUUUUUUCCACAGGUUAUGUCUCACACCAUACUGUCACCACAUGGUGGCAGUUUCUAUAUGUAGAAAAAGAUUUUCCUCUAUAAAAGUUACAUACUACAGCUCUAAUGAGUAGACGUUUUUAAUGAGAAGACAUGUUGCAGUGAUUGUUGUUCUGCUGAAAUGUUCUUCUUGGCUGUGACUCCCACAGUGGGAUGUUUGAAGUCUGACCACUGGUCACAGACCGAUGGAUCAGUUUGUCACAUCAAACGCCAGAUUUAGCUCCAAGCCCUCAAUACAAUACAGGCUGUUUUUCAUGUUCUCCACUGUGUGUAUUUUUUAUUUUUUGCCAUAUUUCAUGUGUUUCCAAAACAUUCAAAUCUUCUGAAAACUCAACAAUAAAAGCGCCUCACUUAGA